CGGAGGAAUACACACAGCUAUAUAGCAGCAGACAGUUGUGGCCACACACACCUUUCAGCCCAUCAUAGAGUUCCUUGGGUGCGGGUCAAUCUCGUAGUCUAGCUUUAGAAAACCAAACUAUACAGCACCGACAGACAUGGCGGACCAGCUCACAGAGGAACAGAUCGCUGAGUUCAAGGAGGCGUUCUCCCUGUUCGACAAGGACGGAGACGGCACCAUCACCACCAAGGAGCUGGGCACAGUCAUGAGGUCACUGGGUCAGAACCCCACAGAGGCCGAGCUGCAGGACAUGAUCAACGAGGUGGACGCCGACGGCAACGGGACCAUUGACUUCCCAGAGUUCCUGACGAUGAUGGCGAGGAAGAUGAAGGACACGGACAGUGAGGAGGAGAUCCGAGAGGCCUUCAGGGUAUUCGACAAGGAUGGUAACGGCUACAUCAGCGCAGCCGAGCUGCGUCACGUGAUGACGAACCUGGGGGAGAAGCUGACAGACGAGGAGGUGGACGAGAUGAUCAGAGAAGCCGACAUCGACGGAGACGGACAGGUCAACUACGAAGAGUUUGUACAAAUGAUGACAGCCAAAUGAAUCCCUGCCCUCCUGAUCUCCUUAGAAGACAAAAAAGAAUCAGUCAAAUGUUUUACUUACCUCUUGCAAAAAUAUACAUUUAUUCAUACUGUUUCUGUAUAGAAAACAUAACUGAAUGUUGAAAAACAAUAAAUUCUGUCCACAUAAAGAAGUUUAAAGAAAAAAAAAAGUUGAAAAAAAAGCAAAAACAAAAAUGAGUUGCAUGUACUGGUUAGUGGUCGUGUCCCAGCGCAGAGUUCAACAC